AUGGAGUGCUUUGAUGCGCGGCAUGCCCAAGAAGCCCUAGAGAGCAAGUCACGCCAACUCCUGGCCUCUCCGAGCGGGUACAGCUCAGUGGAACUCGCUGCCCCCGGCCAGGGUCCUGAGGGGGCGCUUCUCGUUGGACCGCGACUGGCCGUGGAACUUGUUGCCCCUCGUUCUGCGGCCUUACCUGCUGGGCCACUUGAACGGGGGGUUCGGCUGUUGCGACCGAGCUGGGUGGUACCAGAUAUGCGCCGUAGGUUUGACCGGGGUUCGAAUGGGUUGUUGUUGGAAUGGCCGAAACGUACUGAAGAUGGGAGCCUGACCGUAUUGCUGUGA